UAUAGUGCUCUUGUACUGUUAGUAGAUUUAGUACAGCCGUCAAGUACAUUCGCGCCGCGUCCGUUCAGUUAUAUUUUGAAUUCCGACGUUUUUUACCGCGAUUCUUUGUUUGCAUUGGUACUUAAAAUCGUUGUCGUCAACCACCGAGUGCUGUAGUAAUACGAUUGCUGUUUGUGACUUCUGACUGCACCGAUAGGUAUAUCUGGUACUUUCGUGAUGUCGCCCCCCGAAAAGAAGCUCAAGAUGUCCGAAGGUCCACAAGAACUUUGGGCAUUGAACGUAUGCGUGGCUUGCAAAAAUCCUUUGAACUCUACUUCGAAGAUAUUGGAAUGUCUUCAUGGAAUGUGCCAAGGAUGUUUUAUAUUGAAUUCUAAAGUACCAGGUCAUUGUGUAUGUAAAUGUGAAAAGGAAACUGGACUUUCAACCGGAAUCAUAAAUUAUUCUAUUGCUUGUGAAAAGUUUGAUGAAAGUACUUUAAGAAAUAAUUAUAUGGACCAGAGGUACCAAAAAAAAAAGUACGAGAAAUACAGUACGAAAGCCCCGUGUCCAAAUUGCGUUGAUAAAUACAUUGAGGUAUAUUGUAUUAAAUGCAAAAAAUUUCACUGUGCACUAUGCCAAUUAAUGAAUCACGGAAGCCAUAUAUUUAAAAGUAUAGACGCAGUUAUGGAGGAGAUCCGGUCAAAUUUAUGUAAUAAUAAAUCUGACUUAUGUGGAAAAUCCAAUUUUUUGAAUAAAGCAAAAUCAUAUUUACUGAAAGAUACAUUAAAAAUAGACACGCAGAAGGUUGUAAUAAAAAAGAUAAUACAUGAACAAUUUGAGGAGAUUCGUGCUGAAUUGUUGAAGAGCGAAAAAAAAAUGGAAAAUGAUCUAGACACGUAUUAUAAAAUACAAUUUGAGGAGUCAACUAAAACUUGUUUGGCAAUAAACGGAUUAAAAGAAAAAUAUGAUUUUUAUCUGAAUUUUUCUGAGUCCGUCUUAAAGAAACAGAACAACGCAGAUCUAGAUAUCACACAUUUGGCCAACAAACAACUGGAGAAUUUGAGAAAAGAUUUUACAGAUGACAUAAUUAAAUUGAGUUCAACUAAUCAAAAUAUUGAUUUGAAAGUCAAGUUAGACGAUACACUGCACGAGUUAAACCAAUCCAUUACAAAACUUAUAAUUCAUGAUCCACGCAAAUAUGAAGAAGAAAUUAGCAAGACCACGAGUGUCAUUACAUCGUUACCGGGAUACCUCGACUGCACUAUGAGAGAUAAAGCCACCCCGCCAACUAUAGUCGAUGACAAAGAAGUAAAGAAAAUAACCGAAUAUAAUUGCGCACGACAGAGUUUAAAAUCUUUAAAUUCAGAUACUAAUAAAAAGAUUCAGGAGAUUCAGCAGCUUCACAACCAUUAUUUGCGAGACCGGCCUGAGAACAUAUGUUAUAGAUCAUAGUCAUAGAAUACGACGGCGGAAAGCUGCAGACAAGACAAAGAAAAUGGCGGACCCCAAGAAACAUCACCAAAAAGAAGAAUGAAAAUUUCAAAUUAUUUAAUUAUAAAUAUUUCAAACGUACCCAGUCUGUUUAUAAUGUCUAAUACUACAUAUUAUAAUAAUUUAAAACCUUGAUUUUAUAAUAUAAUACUAUACUUAUA